AAUGGGCUAAAAUACAAUAUAGCUCGUAGGUAUAAUAUCUGGAUGAUGGAUUUUUCGGUUAACAAAUAUUCUCGUGUAACUCCCGUGAGGAGCCCAGUUAUGGCUCCUGCAGUUGCUCCAUCCCUGGGUAGUUCCGUGGCCCCUGGCGAUUCCGCCUCCACGAACAAACCGACGUCAACCUUUAGGGACACAUACGUGGAAAUUGACAGUUUGGCUCUGAUAAAGGCUCUCAAACACUGUAAGGACAACUAUCCGGUGCCAGUCAAUGGUCAACUGCUGGGUCUCGAUGUGGGCGACAAGCUAGAAGUAACUAAUUGCUUGCCAUAUCCGCAAAAGCGUGAUAUAUACAAUUCAUUGAACAGGGACAGUAACACUACCAACUUGACCGAAAAGGAGUUGGAAGAGAGAGCCGAUGACGAGUUCGUGAAGUAUCAGGACAAGAUGAUCGACCUUUUGCACGAUAUCCGUGUGGAUUGUUUUGCUAUAGGAUGGUACCAGACUCUACAUUUUGGUGACGUGCAGUCUAAAGAGGUCAUUGAUAACUUGGUAAUAUACCAGGAGGCAGUUGACAAAGCUAUUAUGUUAGGUUUUGAUCCAAUGUCAAGCACCGGUGAAAUAUCGUUCAAGGCUUACCGUGCGUCUGAUCAGCUUCUUGAGCUGUAUCAUAGUUCAAAUGGUGAUAUAACAAAUUUUAACAGUUUGAAGGGUACCCAGAUUCUUGUGGAGGUACCUAUUGUUGUCAAGAACUCUAUUCUAUCUGAGUGUUUCCUCAGUCAGUAUGUAUUUGAUAACCCUGCUCAAAACGUAUCUGUUUUUGACAUUUUGGAUGCUGAUCACAACAAAUAUUUAGCCCACAACUUGGAAUUCAUUUCACAUUCAUUAGAGGCUCUGUCUGAUAAUCAGGAGAAGUUCUUCCGUUAUCAGCGUGAGCUGGCCAAGUUGACCCAUCAGCACAAACAAUUGGUGGAGCGCCGUCGUUUAGAGAAUGAGCAAGGCAGGCUUAAGGGCGAACCUAUUUUACCAAUGCCCGAGCUCGACCUCAGUUCCCUCAAGAAAGUUGAGAAGCCAUCGCAGCUGUCUACUAUCGUCAUGAGUAACGAGUGUACAACUCACACAAAGGACGUGAGUGCACUUUGCUUUGACAACAUCGCAAAGAUGUCGCUAUUAUUCCACCGUUUAUCUACCAACUCUGAACACAGAUAACCAUACCAAUUCAU